AAGAAACGGAAAGAUUAGCUACACAGUUACAAGCUUUAAGCAAUGGAAACUUGGGUGAUAUAGAUAUUGAUGAUAAAGAAUACCUGGAUCUUUUAAAUGAGAAUGCCAAAUUGAAGUACCGAAUUGGAAUUCUGAAAAGGACUUGUGAUGCUGCUUCAGCAAAGCCAGACUCGGGAAAUUAAUGUGGAGUACAAAGGAACUUUAAAGAAAGAAAAACUACUUUACAAGGUUCUAAGUGUUAAUGGUGAAAAAUAUAUUUGUCUCAAAAAAGUGUUAAAUGAUAUCCUUAAACAUAAACCAAACAAUGCAAGUUGAUGUGAUGUAUUGCUUCGACCUGGUUAUGCAUAAAUUGAAAAUGCUCUCUCCGUGUAGUCUUUGAUGGAUAUUAGUGAAUUUUGACAAUGUCAGACUUUCCACACAAGAAACUCUGCACUCAAGGUGGUGGGAAUCAUCAUUUAACGUCUUCUCGGAACGUAGAGUCCUUAGGAGGCGAUGCAUGUAGUCUUGCACCAAAUGUAGAUUUUUCACGUCAUAUGUGCAACAUACUGGGUCAUUUAGAGGAGGUCUUCACUUCUGCAGUAUUAAAAGCUUACCCAGAUGUAACAAACCCUGUAGUUCAGAUUCAAGUAUCUAAACAUGCUGAUUACCAGUGUAAUGCUGCAUUGGCCCUAGCAAAAACUUUGAAAAAAAACCCAAGAGAAGUUGGAGACACUGUUUUAAAAGCUGUUGCAGAUGACCCUGUUAUAUCAAAACUAGAUCUCUCAGGUCCAGGUUUUAUUAAUAUAUAUUUAAAUCAAAACUUUAUUAGAGAGCAGGUGACCAACGUUGUCCUGAAUGGCGUCACUCCGCCUCCAACAGUACCUGAGCGAGUAGUAGUAGAUUUUUCAUCACCUAACAUUGCUAAAGAAAUGCAUGUUGGUCAUCUCAGGUCAACCAUCAUUGGAGAUAGCAUAUGCCGACUUUUAGAAUUUCUGGGUCAUGAUGUGCUUCGGAUAAAUCACUUGGGUGACUGGGGAACGCAGUUUGGCAUGUUAAUUGCACAUUUGAAGGAUACCUAUCCUGAUUUUGCCAAUAACCCUCCACCCAUAGCUGAUCUCCAAGCAUUCUAUAAAGAAUCAAAGAAACGGUUUGACGAAGAUGAAGCCUUCAAGAAAAGAGCUUAUGAAGCGGUGGUACAGUUACAGGCACAUGACCCAGUACAUAUCAAAGGAUGGGAAGAAAUCUGUGAUAUUUCAAAGCAGGAAUUCCAAAAGGUGUAUGAAAGACUACAGAUUCGUAUAGUCAACAGAGGAGAAUCUUUUUAUCAGAGCCGAAUGGAGUCUCUGGUAAAAGAACUAAAUGCAGCUGGGCUUUUGGAGGAAGAUGAAGGAAGAAAGGUGAUGUUUGCUGAAGGAGCAGAAAUUCCUUUGACAGUUGUAAAAUCAGAUGGAGGAUUUACUUACGAUACUUCAGAUAUGGCUUGUUUGAAGCAGAGAAUAGAAGAGGAGAAAGGCCGGUGGCUGAUCUAUGUUACUGAUGCUGGUCAGUCACAACAUUUUAAGAGUUUCUUGGCGUGUGCUAAAAAGGCAAAGUUUUAUAACCCAAGUAAAGUAAGAGUUGAUCAUGUAACCUUUGGUGUUGUGCUGGGAGAAGAUAAGAAGAAGUUUAAAACUAGGUCAGGAGAUACAGUGAGAUUGGUCGACUUACUGAAUGAGGGAUGUCAGCGAUCAGAAGAAAAGUUGAAGGAGAAGGAGCGUGAUAAAGUAUUGACAUCGGAAGAGUUCAUAAAAGCUCGUGAUGCAGUUGCAUAUGGAUGCAUCAAAUAUGCCGAUCUUUCACAUGACAGGUCUCGAGAUUAUAUAUUCUCCUUUGAUCGAAUGUUAGACUUUCGGGGUAACACUGCAGCCUAUUUACUCUAUGCUCUCACAAGAAUACGUUCAAUUGCCCGUACAGCUGGAGUGAAAAGAGAAAACAUUAUAUCUGAAGCACAAAAAGGGCCCGUUUUACUUGAUCAUGAAAAGGAAUGGAAACUGGCACGAACUCUACUCAAACUUCCUGAUGUCUUGAUUAAGAUUACAGAGGAUUUGUACAUACACCCACUUUGUGAAUACCUGUAUGAGGUCUCAUCAGUAUUUACAGAGUUUUAUGACACUUGCUACUGUGUCGAGAAGGACCAAACUGGGAAAAUCGUCAAAAUAAAUCAUGGUAGACUCAUCCUGUGUGAAGCAGUUGCUGUCAUUAUGGAAAAGUGUUUUGCUAUCUUGGGGAUUGAAACUGUUAGUAAAAUGUAAAUUACAUUAAAUUUUAGCAAAUCUUUUAUACAAAUUACAAAUACCUUUCAUACUUUUUUCAGGACAACAUCCUUGCCUUAUUACUAGAAUCUUUAAUUCAAGAUUUUGUUUAGAUUAUUUGAUAUUUUAUGCUUAUAAUGUUUGUAGAUGCUCUCUGUCAUCAAUUACAGUACUUUCAUGAUGAAACUUUUUGUAGCCUUCAUAUAUUUUUGCAAAAACUUGACAAGUACAUACAGGAAAUCUAAAUGGUAAAACUUUUUUUUGCAGAAUACUGAUAUUUUCCUAAUACUAUCUUCUUGUAGACAUAUCCAGAACUUAGCUUGUUUAAUAUUUACAUCCAUUUUCCUGGUGUUCCUGGGUUAACCAAAGAAAUAAAUCUUUGGGCUUGUG